UUAUCGACAAGAAGGGCGUUCUGUUGCAGAAAUUCAGAGGCUUUUGAAGAUUCACCAUGGGACUAGUGUUUCUAGAGAGGCCAUCUACAAGUUUUUAAGACAUGGGACAAUCGUGAGGAGAAGACUCUCAAAGUUUGUGACGAAGAGAAAACUGUUGUCGGUGCAUAAACAAUUUAUUCACGUGUGGAUGUCCCAAAAUAAGGAACUAACGGCUGGAACAAUUAGAAACCGAUUAAGAGAACUGUUCCAUGUGAGUGUGUCAUUGUCCACUGUUAAUAAAGCCAGACGAGAAAUGGGGUGGAGCAGCAACACUGGGAAGUACUGCCAGCAGAUCAGCCAUGCCAACAAGCGGGCUCGAAUGCAAUGGUCCUGUCAGAUGUUCAGGAGACAAGAGGACUUCCAUGAUGUCAUCUUUGCUGAUGAAAGUUCUGUGGAAAUGAAUGCCCAUGGAAAGCUUUUUUUCCACCAUUGUACCGCAGGGAUGCAGAUGUCAACACGCAAACGAUCAAGGCCAAAGCAUGCUUAUAAGGUCCAUGUUUGGGCAGGAAUUUCAUACAGAGGAAGGACCCCAAUAUGCAUAUUCACCGGCAUCAUGAACUCUUCCCUGUACCAAAGGAUUUUGUCGGCCAAAUCUGGACGAUAA